AUGCCAUUCUUCCAAAAUCAGAACGAUGUCGAGACGCGUCUGUGCACCGCCGUCAACGUCGCUAUACGAGCAGGUGAUGCCAACCAAUUACAGUCAAUCGUGCUCCUGGAGCCGCUUGAGGCCAACCGCUGGCCACCAGAUCAUCAAGAGCUCAUAAACUCGUUGAAGCAAAAUUAUCCUGCUUCUAAUCCGAGCUCUGAAAAACGUCUCGAGGAUCUGGUCAGACGAGUGGUGACUGAGACGGCUGAGUCCGAGGAUGAAGAGGGAAGACCAGUGCAAUCUUGGGGAUCGCUUGUCACGUUUCUCGUUGGAUGGAUGACCUUUCUCAGAGAUGUCGACGCCAACAAUCUCGUCAUGGUAUUCGAAAUGAUGACAGAUCUUCAACCACGUGCCAACAGCGCAUUGCAACAUCCUACCAAGGGCAUCAUGAUGCUUCCCACAAUCAUGUACUAUGCCAAGGUUUUUGCACGGGUUGCAAUCGGCUUGGACAACAACCCUAGUCUGGCGCAGCAGCUUCUAACUGACGUGGACGAAGAUGGCCAGAGAGAAUCAUUACCAGAGAAGGCUGCCAACAUUGUACGACAAGCCUUCAUCAUCUGCUUAAACGAUCGCAACACUGUGCCAGGUGGCAUAAAAGACGGCAGGCCCGAUGGAAAGAAGGUGGGCAUCUACAAGAUGGCCAACAUAUGCCUGAAGACCUUAUUUCAAGCCGACAAGCUGGGAAGCUGCGAAACCAUUUUUAACAACAUUUCAAAUUCAUCUCCACCACUACAUUUUUAUCCUGCCGCGGAGCGGACAACAUAUCUUUACUACCUCGGAAGAUAUCACUUUAGUAACACCAACUUUCACGCUGCUCAGCUGGUUCUGGAGGUAGCAUACAGAGGCUGCCAUAGGCAAUGUCCAAAGCAGCGCCGCCUGAUCGCUGUCUGUCUUGUCGCCGCAAACAUUAUUCUUGGCCGUUUCCCAAACGAACACAUUUACAACGAUCCAGCCAACGUUGGCUUCCGCGAAGUAUUCGUCCCAAUCACUCAAGCCAUUCGCAAGGGCGACCUGGAAACCUUUCGCCGCAUUACAAACCUGGAUCUUUCGCAUCCAAGCGCCGAAUUCAUGAUCAAAUACCGCAUUUUCUACCCCAUCGGCAACUACUGCGAAGUCCUCGUAUGGCGGUCACUCCUCCGAAAAGUCUUCAUCCUCACCGGUAGCAUAGGCGAGACAUCAAAAGCCGCAGCCUUACUCGAUCUCCGCGCAGCCGUCCAAAUAUUCCGCUUCCUCGAGGCCCGCUCGAGAAUCAAGAAUGCGGCAUUGGCAGCACAGGACCGCGGCCCAGGCCGUCGCAAUUUCGGUCACAUCUUCCAGGACCACGCUUCAACUACCAAGUCGACAUACAUUGACCCGGACUUUGCCGGCCUGGACAAUGUACAGCCAUAUACCCACGAAUUCGAUAUUCUGGAAAUGGAAUGUAUAUGCGGUAGCUUGAUUACUCAGGGAUUCCUCAACGCGUAUAUUGCGCAGUCGAAGCAAAAGGUGGCGAUUCAGGGUGUUAAGAACGGAAACCUCAAUGCUGGCUUCUUGGUGCCGUGGGAGGUCAAUAAAGAGAAGAACAAGGACGAUGUGCUGGGCUGGAAGAAGGAAGCUGGAGGUGAUGGCGGUAAAGUCGUUAGACUCUCGUUUGCAGCUCCGGCAGGCUCGUAA